CGUUAAAAACUACAGCGCGGCUGCGCAGCCGGUGUCCGGCGCCGUAAAUCCUCCCGCGCGUCCAGAGGCGAGAGGAAACGGGGCUGCGCGGUUUAUUUUAUAACAGAGGUAGUUUUCUAACAACUUUCCUUCUCGGACCAACAUUUGUAUUUAUUUUUAAUUUUUUUAUGAACAUCCUGUUUCAACGAUGCCUCGCAUUGAGAAUGACAUCAAGCUGGACUUCAAGGACGUGCUCCUCCGGCCAAAACGGAGCACGCUCAAGUCCAGGAGUGAGGUGGACCUCAUGAGGAGCUUCAGUUUCAGGAACUCCAAGGGCAGCUAUAGAGGGAUUCCCAUCAUCGCCGCCAACAUGGACACCGUGGGCACCUUCGAGAUGGCCCUGGCUCUGCACCAGUUCACUCUCUUCACUGCAAUCCACAAACAUUACUCCCUCGACGACUGGUCAGAGUUUGCUUCGAAGCACCCUGAGUGCCUGGAGAGCGUUGCCGUCAGCACGGGGACCGGAGACGGCGACUUCGACCGGAUCUCGGCCAUCGUGGGGGCGGUGCCGCAGCUCAAGUACAUCUGUGUGGACGUGGCGAACGGCUACUCUGAGCACUUCGUUCACUUCGUCAAAGACGUCCGGCAGAAAUUUCCCUCGCACACCAUAAUGGCAGGAAACGUGGUAACCGGAGAGAUGGUGGAGGAGCUGAUUCUGGCUGGAGCUGACAUCAUCAAAGUGGGCAUCGGACCAGGCUCCGUGUGCACCACCCGUAAGAAGACCGGGGUGGGCUACCCGCAGCUCAGCGCUGUGAUUGAGUGCGCAGACGCAGCCCACGGCCUGGGCGGCCACAUCAUAUCCGACGGAGGCUGCACCUGUCCAGGAGACGUCUCCAAGGCGUUCGGAGCCGGAGCGGACUUUGUGAUGCUGGGGGGGAUGCUGGCGGGCCACUCCGAGAGCGGCGGGGAGAUCAUCGAAAAGAACGGCAAGAAGUACAAGCUGUUCUACGGGAUGAGCUCCGACACGGCGAUGAAGAAGCACGCUGGAGGCGUGGCCGAUUACAGAGCGUCAGAGGGGAAGACGGUGGAAGUUCCCUACAAGGGUCCGGUGGACGAAACGAUACGAGACGUCCUGGGAGGCGUCCGCUCCACCUGCACCUACGUCGGAGCGGGCAAGCUGAAGGAGCUGAGCCGUAGGACCACUUUCAUCCGAGUCACCCAGCAGCUCAACACCGUCUUUGGCAACAGCUGAACGCCCACCGCCGGCCUUUGACUCCGAUUCACCGCCCGACGUCUGGAUUCCGGUUUUGUGUUCAUGUAGAAAGAUAACAGAGCUGAUAGGGAGCAGUUGUGAACUACUGGCCUUUUAAUGCUCGAUUUUUAUUUAGUGUGACAUUUUUAGAAACAUUUUCCACACGUUUCUCUCUCUUUAGACUUAAAUCAUACACCAGACAUGGCAGUUACCUAAAAGACCAGAGCUUAUCAUUCCUUGCUUUAAGUUUCUUUUAUUUAUGCGAUCUUUGGUUUGUUCGUGACCUGAAAGCCUGACACUGUUCUGUUCCCUGUGCCGAGGUUCUGCUGCCAGCCAUGUUCCCCAGCGUUAUAAUUUUAAAGCAAAUGUCUUAAAUUAUUUUAAAACGAUUUAUAUUAUAUUAAAAUGUAUUAGCAAAUUAGAAAAAAAUGACCUAUUUUAAGAAGAUUUAUCAUUCCAGCACCCAUGUUUUGCACUUUAAAAUAGCUUUUUUGGAUGCUUAUUGUAAUAUUGGACCAUUUAUAGUGUAUGUAAUAAUUCAGUGUUGAAUUACCGAUCAGUACGAAUAUACUUCCAGUUUAGCUCCUGAUUGGUCCCCUUUUUUCUUUUAUUUAAGCACUUAUUCCAGAAAAUGUGUGCUUUAUUAUAGACUUUAUAAAAAUAGUUCAUUCUUAGGUUUGGAAGCUCUUCAACAUCAUGUCUGAAUAAUUUUCACUCAGUUCAUGAAAUUAGUAUUUCAGACUGUUCUCAUCUUUUUCUCUGUUAUGCACGACUGCCGUGUAUUAAAUGUGUUGCCAUGAUCUUGAAUAAAACUGACAGGUAUUUCUUUCGCAGAGAGUCAAUAAAACAUUUGAGGUUUCAGGAU